GACACAACUUCCAUCAAUUUACAGCCAAGAAUGCUAAAGAUUGAGUCUAUCUUGGAUUAGAUAUCUUGGUGUGGGCUGUUGCUUGCUGUUCCUCAUCUCUUUUCCCCAACUGGAUAAUAUCAUAAACACACUUAGAUGAUUCUUGUGGGGCUUUGGCCAGAUUGUCCAACUGCCACUAUGACCCCACCACCCCACAUGCUCGCACCUCAUUUUGCUUUUACUCCCUUCCCUUUCUCUGUUUAUAUAAACCCUAUUUAUCCUCACUUCACUGGAGAAAAGAGAAAAAAAAGGAGACUUCCAAAUAUUACAUCUCACCUUAUUGAUAUUCUUUCUGCUUAUUAAUUGACAUACUUUUAGUAGCGUAAGAGAGAAAAAAAAACUUGGUGCAGUAGUCUCUACUCGGAGUUAGUUUCUAUGGAAGUAGCAAUGGAAUUUGAAGAUGAUUUGCUCUUUGCAGACCUAAGCAAACAAAUUUCUCUUCUCAUCAUGGACGAUGAUGAAGACCCAGUUGCCAAUUAUCCUUCAGUUUCUUUCCAGGAUUUCUCAAGAGGGAAUUGUCCAGCAGCAGCAUCAUCAUUUGUAUGUGAGCAAAGAAGAGAAAGCAAAGGAACAGGUGUUUUCAUUCCAAGAUCAUCACAGCCAAGAAGGAAAGACAGGCAAGGAAGACAUUCUUCUUUCAACUCAUCAAAGUCUAACAGGCUGCACCAAGAUAAUACAAGGAUGGUUUCUCAAGUUUCUUACAGCAAUUCUUUAUAUCCCAAGAAAGGCUAGUUAAUAGUUAAGUUAAGGCUAUAUAAAGUAUUCAAUAAGUUCUACUAAUCUUUUUGCCACUAAGGUUUUGAGGGCAAAGGAUAUGGAGUUGAAAUCUAAAUGAUCCAUAUGUUGAACAUGUACAGGAAAAAAGCUGUUUUAACUAAUUACUCUGCUCCUAGUAGGCAUUUUUAGCGAGGUUGAUCAAAGGAUACUACCGGCCUCUACAAUAAUGGAAUUGUAUGGUUGUUGUCAAGUGUUGUAUAGGGAUAAGGUUGUGUUGCUAAAACUAAUUAAUGUGAUUGAUUAUUGUCAUUUAUUAUGUCGCAAA